AUGGUGACGAAUUUCAUAAGAGCGGAGGCACGACCGUUCACUCCGACGGCGUCAAACGCACCCGUCGCUGCGAGCAGCAAUCAUGUCGCGAACACACGGACCGGUCCCCCCGCGGACACGGUUCCUUCGAAUGUCCUUUUGGCAACCGCAUGGGUUGACGUUCACACGACCGAAGGCCGAAGCUUUAAAGUUCGCGCCUUACUGGAUCAAGGAUCCACUUUCAGUUUUAUUUCGCAAUCGCUCUAUCAGACGUUGCGUACAAAACGACAACGCUCAAAUUUUCAAGUUACGUGUUUCGGCGAGAAAUUUACAGGCGUCGCGAGAUCUCGCGUCGCACUGACAUUAAAGCCGUGUUCCAGUGCGGAACCGGGCUUCCCGCUGCACGCCUACGUGUUUCAAAAUAUUACUUCGUACGCCGCGUCGCAGACUCAGCCCGUCGAGUCGUGGCCUCACUUGCAAGGCAUCUCAUUUGCCGAUUCCGAUCCUUCCAGUCGACAUCGGAUUCACUUACUAAUCGGUGCCGACUUGUACGGUUCCUUGUUGAAAAAUGGCCUCCGGCAAGGCCCUAUUGGAACGCCUACCGCUCAAUUGACAGCGUUAGGCUGGAUUCUCUCCGGCCCCACGGGUUGCGGCCGGAUUGAAUCCGCGAAUAUUUGCGUCUGUCAUAACGUGUCUACGCACGACACGAAUUCGCUUCUCAGACAAUUUUGGGAGGACGAGGAGGUCUCACGCCCCCCUCCACUUACCAACGAGGAGGAGCGUUGCGAACAACACUUCCUCGCCACUCAUAGCCGUUCUCCGGAAGGACGGUACAUCGUUCGAUUGCCCUUCCGGCACGAACUACCAAUCGACAUAGGCGAUUCCCUGCCUAUCGGCACGGUAUUCUACGGAAAAAUGGAAAGGAUGCUGCGUCGGCACGCCGAACUCUCCGCGCAAUAUAAUGACUUUUUGGCGGAAUAUCUCGCCUUGGGACAUAUGAGCGCGAUCGAAAGUCCCAGCGACACCGCCCUUAAACCCGUGUACAUUCCGCAUCAUUCGGUUUUACGCGAAACAAGUAGUACCACGAAGUUACGCGUCGUUUUUAACGCCUCGUGCAAAACGACGAACGGCACGUCGCUUAACGACCAUCUGCUGAUCGGACCCAAGUUACAGAAAGAUCUCCCCGCUAUUCUACUGCGCUGGCGGUAG